AAAGUAAGAAAAGAGAGUGGAGAACGUUGUAUCACUAGCAUCAAGUUCUGAGUUGUUAAUCUCAUUUGGUGUUCAGAUCUCAUUUAGGUAUCGGACUUGAUAGUGCAAACUUUAAGUGUAACAUAUUCAAGAAGAAGACCAAAAACUAAAAUAAUAAACUUGAUCAACUGGUCCUUUCCAUGUGGAUAUGUUUUAACAAAUUGAUUAGUUCCUACUUAAUAUCGCAACUGUGAUACCAACAACGCUACUGUCAAUACACAGAAUAUCAAUAAAGCCAAGUUUAAUCAUCUGUACAUGUGGAUAAAUUAGUGAAAUUUAAAGAUUAAUAGUGCUUGUGACUCGGUGCUUCAACAUUUAGUUACAAUUCAACUCUAAAGCUUACCACUACUGUUAUUUACAAGUGUAUAUUGUGUUAUUUAGUGUCUCUGUCAAGAUGAUUUGGCGAUUUUAUUUCAGUUUAUUAGCUAUAGCAAUAUCAAGUCAUUUUAGUCCAGUUAAUUGUGAUAUCUUCUCAUCAACUGCCCAUCUCAGAAGUUUGAUGUAUCUUGAGCGUCAUUUAAUCUCAUCUCUCAAUGAUUAUGUCGUUCAAGCUCAAGCUAAGCUCAAUACAGUUCGAACUUAUCUGGAUGAAUUUUCUCGAACUGCUGGUUUACCUGAGCUUCGAGGGAAAGAUUCAACUGAAGAGAUAAUCGGUAAUCCAAUACAAGCUUUUCAAUUGGUUAAAAGGUUAACAGUUAAUUGGGAAAGCCUGAAAACAGCGAUGAAAACCAAUGAAUGGCAAUCUGUUGAACAACUGGUUAACGAUUAUUCUGAGCUUUUGCCAACUAAAGAGGACCUGAGAGGAGCUGCCCUUGCCCUGGUUCGCCUCACUGAUACUUAUAAACUUAACAUGAGUGAUAUCGCCCGAGGCAGAAUCCUAGAUCUACCAACAAAAGUUCAAUUAACAAGCCGAGAUUGUUUGUAUCUGGGUAAACAUUCGUUCAAUAACGGUUAUUAUGGUCAAGCCCUAGAAUGGUUUGAUGAAGCUUUGCGUAAGGCGCAUCUUGAACGGAAUAGAACGACUCCAGUCGACGAGAUAAUUCCCUUUUAUAACAUGGCUGUUCAAAUACAUGAUGAACUUUCACCAACUUAUUGGACCAACAUUUCCAUGAUACUCAACAACUCGAGACCACCUCAUACGAUGAGAUUCCUUGAUGGGGAUAAUGACGACUAUCGGAAUUACCAAGAGCUUUGCAGAGGAGAAGUUUUCAGGACUCCUGCUGAAACCAAGGAUUUAACAUGUUACUAUUCAAACAUGGGAAGCAAAUGGUUAAUAUUGCAACCUGUUAAAGUUGAAGUUUUUCAUAAAGUGCCGUUCAUUGCAAUGUUUCAUGAUCUUCUUACUGAUUCAGAGUCGGAUACAAUUAGAGAAAUGGCAGCUCCAGCGUUAACUCGGGCCAAGGUUCAAACGGAUAGUUUAAAAGACGAUGAAAUCUCUGAUACUCGAACCAGUCAAACAACUUGGUUUUCCGAAGAUGAUGAUGAACUCAUUGACCGAAUCAAUCGACGAGUUUCCGAGGUUACCGGUCUAUCAACCAAAAUGAAUGAAAGUCACUCUGAAUUGAUGCAAGUGGCCAACUACGGGAUGGGAGGACAUUAUACUCCUCAUUACGACUAUCUAAUUGUUGAUCGACCACCAGAGGAACGUCAUUUAGUACCAGAAAGGGAAGCUUAUGCAGGAGACAGAACAGCAACUUUAAUGUUUUAUCUGAGUGAUGUUCAAAAAGGUGGUGGAACUGUUUUCCCUCGACUUGGUGUUAGUUUAAAACCAAGAAAAAAUUCAGCUGCUUUCUGGUACAAUUUACAAUACAAUGGUGAAGCUUAUGAAGAUACCAUGCACGGAGCUUGCCCUGUCCUUUUAGGAGAGAAAUGGGUUGCUAACCACUGGAUUAGAGAGGUUGGACAAGCUUUCAGAAGAAAAUGCAAAUUAAAUCCAGAUGAAUAGAAUAACCUGUGAUGACCUGUUGAAUCAAUUAUUUUGAAUUAAUAAGUUUUUUUGAUUAUUGUAAAUUUGUUGCCUUCAUUUGAAUGUAAAUAAAAAUGUAAAUAAAAUUUAGAUUUGGAAAACCCAAAUGAUUUAAUCACUGAAAUGUGUUUUAUGAAUAUACAUGUUACUGAGCCAAGCAAAUCAAUGACCCUGAAUGGAUAUCUGAUAAUCAAUUUGAAAGAAAAGGUAGACACAAAGAUAUUGGUCGCAAAGGUGCAAAACGAA